AUGUCUUUCAUUGUUACCGGCUCGCCGUGGUUGCUCCGCCGCUGGACAGCCCUCUCCACCACCCUCGCCACAGGGAUGUACCACUUCCAGAUGAGAAAAAAGUGGAGCUCGCUUCAGAUUGUCGAUCAGCUUCCGUGGGCGACGGCGCCCUUCGACGACCUGUCGAUCAGGCCAAUGUUGCUCCUUUCGGCGCUUCAGCCGCAUCGCGCGGGCACGCGCGCCGCGGCGCCGGUGCUGCAGCAAGACCGGGCCACGCAGAGGCUCGGCGUCGCCCCGCCGGGCGAGUACCCCAUGGGCGGCUACCCGCCCCCUUUCCAGGGCGGCCAGCAGCAGCGCGGCUUUGCACAGCAAGGGUACCCGCAGCAGGGCGGGUACGGAGGCGGCGGGCGUGGACGAUACGGGGGCGACGGCGCCGCGACGCCGGCGAUGGCGGCACAGGCGGCGAGGGCGGCGGAGGCGGCGGCCGCUGCCGCAGCAGCCGCGGCUGCGAGGGCGAGGGAGAUGGAGUUUGAAGCCUUCCAGCAGCAGCCGGGGUACCCCCCGCAGCAGCGCGGCGCGUCGGGGUAUCCCCCGCGGCAGGGCGGCGGAUACCCGCCCCAGGGUGGCUACGGCGGCCCGCCGCGCGGCGGCGGCUUUGGCGGCCAGCAAGCCCCCCCGCGGGAGGGCGGACAGGGGGGCUACGCCCCUCCGCGGGGCGGCUUUGGCGGCCAGGGCUUCCCGCGGCAAGGCGGGCAGGGGUACCCACCUGCCCAGGGUCAGGGCCCAGGCGGGUACCCGCGGCCAGGACAGCCCGGCGGGCUCGGCGGGCAGCAGUACGGAGGCGGCCAGUACGGCGGCAGCGGGCAGCAGUACGGGGGCGGCGGCCAGUACGGAGGCGGGCCGCAGUACGGAGGCGGGCCGCAGUACGGAGGGCAGUCCGGCUAUGGCGGGCAGUCCGGCCGGGGCUACGAUGGCGGCGAGGGCUUCGGCGCUGAGAUGCCGAUGCCCGGCCGCGAGAAGGAGUACGAGGACUGGAUGAAGGGCGGCGGUGGCAUGGGCGGCCCCUCCGGGCCCGCCUCCCGGCCUCCACCCAUCGACGACGACCGCCGCAACCGCUCACCAGGAUUGAAGAACAACUUUUACGACAUCCCGACCUCGGACUUCAAGCGGCCCUGGACCGGCGCGCGCCGGUGUAACCGCCGAGCCAUGGCGCGCGUAGCUAUGACAGGGACCGCGGCCGCGGAACCGGCGGCGGACGGGGCUGGCGCGCAAGCGCCGGCCACCGUCGUGCCGCCGGGGAAGCGCAGCGGACGCUGGAAUAGCUCCGAUCGCGCGCAACUGGAGGACGCGGUGGGUGUCGCAAGGUUGUUCGCUGCGCGGGCGCGCAGCCAGGCGGGGUCCAAGACUCGGGUCACCUAUUCGCUGCCCCCAGAGAGGGACGACGGAUAUCGGCGCGGCCCUAGCGUGGUGUGCGCCACGGUCCCCCAGGGCACCGUGGCGACGACCGUCGCCUCGGACUGGCUCGCGAACGAGCUGGCCGAGCACGGAGAGAUUGAUGCGGCAUGCCGCGACAAAUAUGUCAUGCACCUGAUGACGGCCGCCGGCGCCUCGGCGCCGGCCGACGCCGUGUUCAGGUUCACGGCUGGCGAGGCGAUGCAGACCGAGGACGACGACGAGGACACCGACCGCUCCGAGGAGGGGAGGGUGUCCGACUUGUAG